AUGACUACUCUUCCCCAGCUCCUUCUCCGGAUCCCCGCCACGAACGACCUGGUCGGCAUACAACAAAGACUUGUUGCUGGCAGGCAGGACGUCAUCGAGACCAUCAUGGCAACUGUGAGCCUCGAGGAAGCUACCUUUGACAAUGUAUACGCACCUGUGCUCCGAUACGAUGAUGCCAUGUUAAACGACCGCUGCGAUAAUGCACAACGUGACGAGAUAUCUGCACCUGCGAUUGGAGCCGGUGGCCGAGGAAGACUUGGUAGGGGCUUCCUACGGCAAGACGGAUCGCGGCAAUACCCAGCCGCCAUUCUCAUGUGCAGCUUCUCUCUGGAUGUGGUUGACGGUUGUACAGUGCUGACACACGCCAACGUCAAAACCAUGUAUCAUGAACUCGGUCAUGCGCUUCACGCGUUGUUGUCGCGAACCAAAUGGGGCGACAGCCACGGAUACCGGGCGUGUCUCGAGUUUGUCGAAGCCAUUGGCACGUGCAUUGAAAACUAUGCGUGGCUUCGGAAGGAGCUCAAGAGAAUCAGCUGCCACUACAUCUACACGGAUGACGAGUAUCAGCAGGCUUGGAUGGAGCGUCAUCCUGGCGAGGCGCUGCCGCCGCGGGAGCUGCCGGCCGAGUUGUACCUCAAGCAACUGGUGAACUGGAGCUUUGACAUGGCCGUCCACAACCCCAAGACGCACCAAGACCUCGAGGCCCUCGACGAGACGAGGCUGUACCAGGAUCUGGAGGCACAGUCAACAUUCACACUGGCGGAUCGAUCGUCGUACCCGCAGGCGGCCUUUUCGCAAUUCGUGUCGGGCUACCAGUCGGGCUACUUCGCCUACAUCUGGUAUGGCAUCACCACAGAAAUCCUGCGAUAG